AGAAAAAAGGCUUCGAAGGCCCAAGAGAAACAGAGUAGGCCUCACACAAUCACACACUCUGCAGCAAGUAACUGUUGAGUGGCCUUCAAAAUUCAACAGCACCGCCGCUCGUUUCACCCAUUCCCACCUCUAUCUCUCCCCCAAUGGCAAACUCAGACUCAGAAAACCAAAACCCUAAUAAUGACCACGACGACCAACGUCCCUCUAAUGUCACCGUCGACGACGAACCCGAACCCGACGAAGUCGAUGACGACGAAGACGAGGAAGGCGAAGACGAAGACGACCAAGAGCCAUCUCUGCCACGAAAUCCCCUCUCCGAGGAGGCACGGUUGCGUGCGGAGAAGUCCAAACUGGAGAACCUGGUCCACCGGAUGUCCACCGAGCGAGUCGAUCUGAGGGUCCACGAUGUUCUGAUCAAGGGCAACACGAAGACUAAGGAGCACUUGAUCGAGGUCGAAUUGGAGGGGAUUAAGAAGGCUACCACCAUGCAAGAGCUGCUCGAGGCCGCUGGGAUUGCCAAUGCGAAGCUUCAGCAGCUGGAGAUAUUUGAUUCGGUUCGGAUCACUCUUGAUUCAGGCCCGCCGGAGCUUCCUGGAACUGCCAAUGUAAUUGUGGAGGUCGUUGAGACCAAGAGCCCCAUUUCCGGCGAAAUCGGUGCUUACACGAAGCCGGCGGCUAGGUCUUGGACAGCUGAAGGAUCAGUUAAGUUCAAAAAUCUGCUUGGAUAUGGGGAUUUGUGGGAUGGUUCUUUGGCAUAUGGUCCCAGCCAAACAUCGGAGUUAAGUGCCGGUGUGUUUUUGCCCAGAUUCAAAGGUUUUUUAACUCCUGUGACGGCACGCGCGUUCCUGCUUUCCCAAGAUUGGCUGGAGUUCUCUUCUUAUAAAGAGCGCAUGUUGGGGCUCUCUCUUGGCUUAUUUUCAUCCAAGCACCAUGAUUUGGUAUACAAUCUUGGUUGGCGUACUCUGGCAGAUCCAUCACAAAUAGCCUCUAGGUCAAUAAGAAGGCAGCUCGGUCAUGGCUUACUUUCAUCUAUCAAGUACACAUUUAAGAUUGACAGAAGAAAUUCCACUUUGAGGCCAACUCAAGGUUAUUCAUUUGUUUCUUCUAGUCACAUUGGUGGCAUUUCACCCGAUCAUCGGAGUAUGCGGUUCUUGCGGCAGGAGUUUGAUCUUCGUUUUGCCGUCCCAUUUGGAUUUUAUCAUGCUGCACUUAACUUUGGGAUCUCCGCAGGAGUAAUUUUUCCAUGGGGGACCGGAUUCUUGAACAAGCCCUCAUCCCUUCCAGAGCUUUGCACUGUGGGCGGCCCUACGACAGUGUGGGGAUUCAAGACAAGGGGACUAGGACCUACUGAACCAAGAAGGCAUGUCACAGAUAAUUCCACUGAUGAGAAUUCAGAAUCGUCUGGAAGAGAUUCUAUUGGAGGAGAUCUUGCUGUUUCUGCGUUUGCAGACAUUUCAUUUGAUCUUCCACUUCGCUGGUUAAAAGAACAUGGGGUCCAUGGACAUAUUUUCGCAGGUGCUGGGAAUCUCGCAAAAUUGACUGAGAACGAGUUCCGGAACUUUUCUGUCCCGAAGUUCCUUCAGUCAUUUCGAAGCUCUGUAGGAGCUGGGGUUGUUAUCCCUACAAAAUUCUUCCGCCUUGAGUGCAACUACUACUAUAUACUGAAGCAAUUGGAGCAUGACCGUGGGAAGACUGGCUUUCGCUUUAGCAUCUCAGCUCCAUCAUAGAAUCUGGGAUUCUAUUUUUCUUAUGAUAUUUAAUGUUCGGCUAAACUUGAGGUGACACAAAGCAUGUCGUUUCAGGUAUCUGAGGUUUUUUUUUUCUUCCGGAUUGACAGCUCCACUUGUUUGCUUAGAAUAUGAGUCGAGACAGCUUUACAAUUUUCCUUUGUACUUUCAACUUUAAACUAAAAUUUCAGGAAGCAUGGUGCUUUAUGCUGCACAUAUGGAGGAAAUAACAUGAGAUUUCAGGUGCUGGAAUAUAUAUUGGCUGCAUUUGAUUAA